AUGCAUUUUGAAUGCCGUAUAGUUUCCCUCCUCAUGGUUUGGAGUCCCCUACCGGCCCCCACACCUCUUGUGUGGUCCCUUUCACUCUUAAACUUGUUGCCCUCCACUAAGACUAGAGUAGUUUGUGAGCCAAUGGGAAUCCAACAAAAGAGUAAUCAAUCUUCCGUGAAAUGCUGGGGAAGGAGGAAGUUGCUUCAAGUUUUGCCUACAGUUCCCCUCAAGUUUUGCCUACAGUUCCCUACAGUUCCCCUCAAUUCCUGCACUUCCACUCACUACCAGCCCUGUGCCCGACACUACUUCCACACUCCCUAUCCCUAUCCCAUCAUUGAAUGGCAACCAGUCCUAUUGAAACAUGGACUCAAUCCCUGUCAUCCGAGUCAUACCAAUCAUCCCAACACCACAAUAAUGAUCACCACAAACACAAACAAACACUUUGAUACCCAACUUCAACUCAAUAAGUGUCAGUCCAGUCCACACCACUGCCAACCAGUUCCCGAUGACAGCCUUCUCACCCGGACUUCUUGGGUCGACGCCAAGACAGCCCUCAAUCAAAUCGAUAAGGGCAAAGCGUCAGGAAAUGCUUCAGCGCUUUGGAUGCGAACCAAACUCCAGACAUAUCUUUACGAUUUGGGAUUUUUCAUACAGAAAAACGCCGGAAAAGUGCUCUUUGUAGGUCUUCUGGUGCUCAUCACCUUCUGUGUCGGUCUUAAAUCAGCCACAAUUGAGACCAAUGUUGAGAGAUUAUGGGUCGAAGAGGGCGGAAGACUCGAGAAAGAGAUGAAAUACAUCCGAACCACUUUAGGUGAAGGGUUCGGGAGUACCAAUCAAAUUGUGAUCCAAACACCAAAGAGCACCGGAGCCAGUGUUCUGCACGUGAAUGCUCUGCAACUGCACCUCCAGGCCAUGAAAGUGGCCACAAAAGUAACCGUUGAUAUGUUUGAAGUCACGUGGAGACUCAAAGACAUCUGUUACUCUCCAAGUAUUCCCAGUUUUGAUACUCAUUAUAUUGAUUCUAUGCUCGAGAAUAUCUUUCCGUGUGCUAUAAUCACACCAUUGGACUGUUUCUGGGAUGGCGCCAAACUACUCGGCCCUGAAUUUCCAGUUCCCAUUCCUGGACUGGGAAUUAAUGUUCAGUGGACUAACUUAAACCCAGAGCUACUCAUUGAAACAAUGAUGACAUCAAUGAGAGGACCUGAAAGUCAAACAAAUGGUUUUCCAUUUUCAACAUUAGUUAAAUUCAUGAAAAGGGCUGGCAUAACGUCUGCCUACCAGAAGAAGCCCUGUUUAGACCCAACUGAUAGCAGCUGUCCGUCAACCGCACCGAAUAAGCUCUCGGGUCAGACCCCAGAUAUUGGCGCUGAGCUAACCGGUGGGUGCUAUGGGUUUGCCACAAAGUUCAUGCAUUGGCCCGAAGACCUAAUUGUGGGCGGAGUCAAGAAGAAUAAGACGGGACAUAUAGUUCGCGCCAAAGCUCUUCAAUCAAUCAUCCAAUUGAUGGCCGAACAAGAGAUGUAUGACUUCUAUCAGCACACCUACAAAGUCCAUAACCUGGACUGGUCUGUCGAUAAGGCACGUAUGGUUCUCGAGGCCUGGCAGAGAAAGUUUGCUGAAGAAGUGCAAAAGUUUACAAACAAUGACCAUAACCUCAAACAUCAAGACAUACAUCUUUUUACCAGCACUUCAUUAAUGGAUAUAAUGAAGAACUUUUCAGAUGUCAAUGUUAAGAGGGUUGCCAUCGGGUAUACCCUUAUGUUGUUAUACGCCGGGUAUUCUCUCUCCAAAUGGAACAGUAGAGCCGAUUGUCUUAGUCUUCUAGGAAUAGCUGGUGUUAUAAUCAUUGGUCUUUCAGCUGCGGCUGGACUUGGGUUUUGUGCCUUAAUUGGUUUAGCAUUCAAUGCCUCGACUACUCAAAUAAUCCCAUUCCUGGCCCUCGGAUUAGGUGUUGACAAUAUGUUUCUGUUGGCGCACACAUACUCUCAAAUUUCAGAGACGCCUUUUAAAAAAAAGAGCGGCGAAUGUCUGAAACAGAUUGGAUCCAGUAUUUUGCUCACCUCUUUCGGCAAUAUCUUUGCCUUCUUGGCCGCGGCAAUCAUUCCUAUCCCAGCCCUCAGAUGCUUUGCGCUUCAGGCGGCGAUCCUCAUAGCCUUCAUAUCAGUGUCAGUAAUAUUUCUGAUCCCAGCCGUGGCCAGCAUUGACCUCAGAAGGAGUCGUAUCAAUAGAAGGGAUAAGUCGUGUUGUCUGUACACUAGUGUCUCAAACACUGAUUCCAGUGCUAAUCAGUUUCCGUCAAGUCAGAAAAAAGUAUUUUAUAAAAAUAAGAGCGAUAUUAAGAAGUGUAUCGUUCAGGCACUGCCACCCUCACGCUCACAUGUGGUCACUGUAUUAGCGCACGAUAAGAGUGUUAGCCAACCAUUUCUAUGUAAAAAUGAUCAAAAGAUGUGCAAAUGUGCUGCAAAUGAUAGCCAAGUGAGAGAACAUAACUGUGCUCUGGAUGUGAACAAUGGUAGCAAACAGUGCAAGAAUCUCAACAAAUAUACGUUAACCUAUUUUGCGGACAAUAUUUACGGACCAGUAUUGCAACGAAAACCAGUGAAAGCUGUGGUUGUGUUCAUGUUUUUAGUUAUUUUAAUAAUCAGUGUCUCAGGUCUGUUACGGGUCGACGACGGUCUAGACUUAACAGAUAUAGUGCCCCGAAAUACCAUUGAAUAUAGAUUUCUCAGUUUCCAACGAAGAUAUUUCAGUUUCUUCAAUAUGUUUGCCGUAACUCAGGGUAACUUCGAGUACCCCAACAACCAGAAGCUGCUCCACGAGUACCACCAGGCGUUCACACGUAUCGGCCCUAUCAUUAAGAAUGAUGACGGAGGCCUUCCUGAGUUCUGGCUCACUAUGUUUAGGGACUGGCUAUUAGGACUUCAGGAGGCCUUUGACAGGGACUGGAAGAAUGGGUGCAUUACUCGAGAGAAUUGGUUUGCAAACGCAUCCGAUGAAGGAAUACUUGCCUACAAACUCUUAGUCCAAACCGGACGGGUAGACAAUCCAGUGGAUAAGUCUUUGGUAUUAAGUAUGCGAUUAGUGGAUGAGGUGGGAGUGAUUAACCCGAAAGCUUUUUACAACUAUUUGACGGCUUGGGUUUCAAACGACGCGUUGGCUUACUCUGCAUCCCAGGCCAGUUUCCGACCCGAGCCCAGACAGUGGAUACAUGUGGCACAAGAUGUUGAGCUCAAAAUAGCUAAAUCUCAACCUUUGGUUUACGCACAAAUGCCUUUCUAUUUAAAUAACAUGAGAACCACUGCAGAGAUUACGGAUACUAUUCAAGAAAUUCGAGCCAUUUGUCAGAAGUUUGAAGAUAAAGGACUUCCAAACUUUCCGACAGGAAUUCCAUUCAUAUAUUGGGAACAAUACGUUAGACUUCGGUUCUACUUAUUCUCGGCUCUCGUGGUCGUAUUGGCCGCAGUAUUCCUAGUGAUCAGUGCCUUUCUGCUCAACCCCUGGACGGCAACCCUUAUAGUUGUGGUCUUAAUAAUGAUUGUAAUUGAGUUGUUCGGUCUCAUGGGUCUGUUGGGCAUCAAACUGAGUGCCGUUCCCGCAGUUAUUCUUAUAGUUUCCGUUGGAAUCGGUGUUGACUUUGUUUCUCACAUAACUCUGAGCUUUUUGAUGAGUAUUGGCAGCAGAAACCAUAGAAUGCGAAUGGCUUUACAGCAUAUGUUUACUCCCGUCACUCACGGCAUUGUCUCCACACUCUUCGGGAUCGUUAUGUUAGCCUUUUCUGAGUUUGACUUCAUUAUCAGAUAUUUCUUUUACGUGUUAUUCGGUGUCGUUAUAUUGGGAGCACUCAAUGGAUUGGUAUUACUACCAGUCCUUCUCUCCCUGAUUGGUCCGCCAUCCGAAAUAAUCCCAUUCGACUACGAGGACCGCAUAUCCACCCCAUCUCCUGUUCCCUCACCAAAUGUGAACCGAAAAAAGCAGCGUUCAGUCAGUGUGUACUCUAACACCAAGUCGGUCUCAAGCACCAGCUCUGGUGAUGAUAGUGUUUGGGAUACUUGCCAACGUGAGUUUGGUAUAGGGUUUGCACUACCUCAGCCUCUACUACACCCACGUCUUCAAACGAGUGCCUCAGAGAGUCCGACGCCUUCAACAGAUCGCGAGAGUCCGGCAAUGAGUGAAAGCAGCGGAACGUCUUCCAUGAGUGAUAACAGUUGUGGUACCAAAUCAUCACUACCUCCCACUUCAGGCUUAAGUCAAUCACAACAUACGGUCACCACUAAAGUGAUGGCCACCGCAAAGCUUAAGGUUGAAGUGCACGCGCCUUAUCUCGAAAGGGAUUACAACUAUAGUAGCAAUAGUCGGCCCAACAGUCGGAAUAGAGACCAUUCCCGAAGACAUAGUCGCGCGUCUGACGCAUAAAAAUUCAGAUUUAUUUUGAGAUUCAUAUUUAAUAGCUAUUUAUAAGCAAUUAAAUAGUACUUAAGGUUUUAAUAAUUAAUCAAUUGACAUUUUAUCGAAAUUAUUU